GCUCAUUCUGAUUUCCCUGCGAGUCUCCGCUAAGUUCUGCUGGUCCGCCCUCGCCUACUUUUAGGAGACUGUGCUGGGCCAGCCUGGGGCUUUGCCUUCCAAACCUCCCUCCCUUACUUCAGCUUUCGGAGCUACAGAUCUGGACCCAGAGAGCGCCUGGUGUCGCCUGGCUGUGAGUGGGACCUCUUAGGAGGUUGGGCUCCAUGGCUUCCUGGAGGAGCCCCAGAUGGCUGCUGCUGUGGCUGAUCUUCACACAUUCUGCUCUUCUGCAGACCGCAGCAGAGAAGUCGCCUGGAGCUUACUUCCUUCCUGAGUUCGCACUGUCUCCACAGGGAAGUUUCCUUGAAGAUACGACGGGGGAGCAGUUCCUCACGUAUCGCUAUGAUGACCAGACCUCAAGAAAUGCUCACUCAGAGGAAGACAGAGAUGGUAACUGGGACGCAUGGGGUGACUGGAGUGACUGCUCCCGGACCUGCGGGGGAGGCGCCUCCUACUCUCUGCGGAGAUGCCUGACAGGAAGGAAUUGUGAGGGGCAGAAUAUUCGAUACAAGACAUGCAGCCAUCACGAUUGUCCUCCAGAUGCAGAAGACUUCAGAGCCCAGCAGUGCUCAGCCUACAAUGAUGUCCAGUAUCAGGGGCGUUAUUAUGAAUGGCUUCCACAGUACAAUGAUCCCACUGCCCCAUGUGCACUUAAGUGCCAUGCACGAGGGCAGAACUUGGUAGUGGAGCUAGCACCCAAAGUGCUAGAUGGAACUCGCUGCAAUGCCGAAUCCCUGGACAUGUGUAUCAGUGGCGUCUGCCAGGCCGUGGGCUGUGACCGGCAGCUGGGCAGCGUUGCCAAGGAGGACAGCUGCGGAGUCUGUGCUGGCGACGGCUCCACCUGCAGGCUUGUCCGGGGACAGUCCAAGUCGCACGUUUCUCCAGAAAAAAAAGAAGAAAAUGUUAUUGCCGUACCUCUGGGAAGUCGAAGUGUCAGAAUCACAGUGAAAGGACCUGCUCAUCUCUUUAUUGAAUCAAAAACCCUUCAAGGAAGCAAAGGAGAGCACAGCUUUAACACCCCGGGAGUCUUUGUUGUGGAAAACACAACAGUUGAAUUUCAGAAGGGCUCGGAGAGGCAGACCUUUAAGAUCGCGGGACCGCUGAUGGCCGACUUCAUCUUCAAGACCAGGUACACAGUGGCCAAAGACAGCGUGGUGCAGUUCUUCUUUUACCAGCCCAUCAGUCAUCAGUGGAGACAAACUGACUUCUUUCCCUGCACUGUGACAUGUGGAGGAGGCUAUCAGCUUAAUUCUGCUGAAUGUGUGGAUAUCCGCUUGAAGAGGGUGGUUCCUGACCAUUAUUGUCACUACUAUCCUGAAAAUGUAAAGCCCAAGCCCAAACUGAAGGAGUGUGGCAUGGACCCUUGUCCAUCAAGUGAUGGAUUUAAAGAGAUUAUGCCUUAUGAUCACUUCCAACCUCUCCCUCGCUGGGAACAUAACCCGUGGACUGCGUGUUCUGUGUCCUGUGGAGGAGGGAUCCAGAGGAGGAGCUUCGUGUGCGUGGAGGAGUCCAUGCAUGCGGAGAUACUGCAGGUGGCGGAAUGGAAGUGUAUGUACGCGCCCAAGCCCAAGGUCAUGCAAACUUGCAAUCUCUUCGAUUGUCCCAAGUGGGUCGCCAUGGAGUGGUCUCAGUGCACAGUGACCUGUGGCCGAGGGCUAAGGUACCGCGUUGUCCUGUGCAUCAACCACCUCGGGGAGCACGUUGGGGGCUGCAAUCCGCAGCUGAAGCUGCACAUCAAAGAGGAGUGUGUCAUUCCCACCCCCUGUUACAAACCGAAAGAAAAAAGUCCAGUGGAAGCUAAAUUACCUUGGCUGAAACAAGCACAAGAACUAGAAGAGACCAGAAUAGCAACAGAAGAACCAACGUUCAUCCCCGAGCCCUGGUCAGCAUGCAGCUCCACGUGUGGCCCAGGCGUGCAGGUGCGCGCCGUGAGGUGUCGCGUGCUCCUGGCCUUCGCGCGCACAGAGGCCGAGCUCCCCGAGGACGAGUGCGAGGGCCCCCGGCUGCCCACCGAGCGGCCCUGCCUGCGCCAGGCCUGUCCCGGGAGCCCUGCGCCCCGAGAACCCGACAGCCACGCCCCCCAGGAGGACAGCGCGGGGACCUUCACCUGGGAGUACGCCGGCUUCACCCCGUGCACGGCCACCUGCCUGGGAGGACAUCAGGAAGCCAUAGCAGUGUGCCUACACAUCCAGACCCAGCAGACAGUCAACGAUAGCUUGUGUGACGCGGUGCACCGGCCCCCGGCAAUGAGCCAGGCCUGUAACACAGAGCCCUGCCCGCCCAGGUGGCACGUGGGCACCUGGGGGCCCUGCUCAGCUUCUUGCGGGGUUGGCAUCCAGACCCGGGAGGUGCACUGCCUGCACCCAGAAGAAUCCCCCGCUCCUCCAGAGAAGUGUGGAGAUGGAAAGCCCCAUGCCUUACAGGCAUGCAACCAGUUCGACUGCCCUCCUGCCUGGCACAUUGAAGAGUGGCAGCAGUGUACCAGGACAUGUGGUGGGGGCACUCAGAACCGCAGAGUCACCUGUCGGCAGCUGUUAACAGAUGGCAGCUUUUUGAGUCUCUCUGAUGAACUGUGCCAAGGACCCCGGGCAUCGUCUCACAAGUCCUGUGCCAGGACGGACUGUCCUCCACACUUGGUGGCGGGAGACUGGUCCCAGUGCUCAGUCAGCUGUGGUGUAGGGCUCCAGAGAAGGAAGCAGGUGUGUCAGCGGCUGACGGCCAAAGGCCGGCGCAUCACUCUCAGCGAGGCGAUGUGCAGGGGCCUCCCAGCGCUGCCUCUCGUCAGACCCUGCCAAGCACCUUUGUGUGGUGAAAUGAAAGUUCAGACAAAGACAAAAGUAGCUGAGCCAGGACCUCAGAUUCUCAGUGUGCAGAGAGUCUACAUUCAGACCAGGGUGGAGAAGCGGAUCAACCUGACCAUUGGUAGCAGAGCCUACUUGCUUCCCAACACCUCUGUGAUCAUUAAAUGCCCAGUGCGACGCUUCCAGAGAUCCCUGAUCCGGUGGGAGAAGGAUAGUCAAUGUCUGCAGAACUCCAAACGACUCAGCAUCACUAAGUCGGGCUCGCUAAAAAUCCACAGCCUCGCAGCCCCUGACAUUGGUGUGUAUCGGUGCAUCGCAGGCUCCGCACAGGACACAGUUGUCCUCAAGCUAAUUGGGACAGACAACCGGCUUAUUGCACACCCAGCCCUCAGACAGCAUGGGAAGGAACAGCCUGGGACGGACCACCCUGGGGCCAAUAGCUUGGGAGCUACUUGGCAUAAAAUGCGGCAGAUGUGGAGGAGUAAAAAUGAACUUUAUCUGCCUGAUGGUCAAAUUAAUAACCAGCCUUUCUUGAGAGCUCUGUUUGGCCACUGCAGCAAUCCUGCAGGUAACACCAACUCCUGGGAGUUUAAGAAUAAGCAGUUUGAAGCAGCCAUCAAGCAGGGAGCUUACAGUAUGGAUACAGUGCAGUUUGAGGAGCUGAUAAGAAGCAUGAGCCAGCUCAUGGAGGCCGGGGAGGUGAGCGAAGAUCUCGCCUCGCAGGUGAUUUAUCAGCUGGUGGCUGAGUUGGCGUUGGUGAAGGUGCAGCCGACGCCCCCACAGUGGAGGGGUAUCCAGGAGGAGCUGCCACCCUCUGCUCCAUUCAGAGGCCAGACAGGGAGUGUGCCCCAAAGCACAAGUGUAAAAGGUCCGGGCCGGCUGACAUUUAAACCCAAAGGACCUGUUCUCCUGAGGCAAAGCCAGCCCCCUUCUGUUUCAUUCAAUAAAACAAUCAAUGCAAGGAUUGGAAACACAGUAUACAUUACAAAAAGGACAGAGGUCAUUGAUAUCCUCUGUGACCUUGUUAACCCCAGCGAGGUCACGUACACGUGGACCAAGGAUGGAGCACUGUUACAACCUUCAGGAAAGAUAAGUUUGAAUGGAACUGGAAGAAUACAGAUAAGGAAUCCAACAAGGAAAGAACAAGGAAUAUAUGAAUGUUCUGUAGCUAAUCAUCUCGGUUCAGAUGUGGAAAGUUCCUCUGUGCUGUAUGCAGAGGCACCUGUCAUCUUGUCUAUUGAAAGAAAUAUCACCAAACCAGAGCACAACCAUCUGUCUGUUGUGGUGGGAGGCGUUGUGGAGGCAGCCAUUGGAGCAAAUGUGACAGUCCGGUGUCCUGUCAAAGGUGUCCCUCAGCCCACUGUAACUUGGAUGAAGAGACGAAGCUCUCUAAGUGACAAUGUCUCCUUGCUCUUCAAUGGGUCCCUGUUGCUGCAGAAUGCUUCCCUUGAAAAUGAAGGCACCUACAUCUGCACAGGCACCAAUGCCCUUGGAAAGGCGGCGGCAGCAUUCACACUACACUUGCUUGAACGAAGAUGGCCAGGCAGUAAAGUUGUAUUUCCCAAGAGACAUAAAAAGCGUGUUCUCCAGGCAUCCAACACCAGAACCAACAGCAGCAACAAUGCAAGAGGAGAACCCCUGCCUCGAGAGCCUUUUUGGGAACCUGGUAACUGGACGCAUUGUUCUACCACCUGCGGCCACUUGGGAGCCCGCAUUCAGAGACCCCACUGUGUGACAGCCACGGGGCAGGAAGUGAGUGCAGCCCUCUGUGGUCACCUCCAGAAGCCAAGGGCCGGGUUCCAGCCCUGCAAUAUCAGAGACUGCCCCGCAAGGUGGUUCACAAGUGUGUGGUCAGAGUGCUCUGUGUCUUGUGGGGAAGGGUUCCACAGUCGGCAAGUGACGUGCAAGCAGAUGAAAGCCAAUGGAAAUGUACAGGUGGUAUCACCAAGGGCAUGCGACCCUAAAGACCAGCCUCUGGGAAGAAAGCCAUGCUCUGGUCAUCCCUGUGCUCAUUGGCUCAUGGAACCAGGCAACCAGUGUCCUGGACGCUGCCUGGGCCGUGUGGCAAGGACACAGCAGCAUCACGCAGCGUGUGGACCCCACAACAGCUCUGACUCUGACUGCGAGGACAAGAGACCUGCCCUCCGGAGGAACUGCACAUCCGGGGCCUGUGAGGUGUGCUGGCGCACAGGGCCCUGGAGGCCUUGCACGGCAGCCUGUGGUCGUGGCUUCCAGUCUCGGAAGGUGGACUGUGUCCACACGCAGAGCUGCAAGCCUGUGGCCAACAGUCAUUGCACUCCAAGAAAGAAGCCGACUUCCUGGCGGCACUGCCUCGGGCCUUCCUGCGAUAGUAUGUACCCUCUCAGGGGACUGCACCGACACAACUCACUACUGUAUGUUCGUGAAGCAUCUUAACUUGUGUUCCCUGGACCUCCACAAACAAAGGUGCUGCCGCUCGUGCCAAGAAGGGAAACCUUUGGCAGGGUUGUGACGCCGCCCCAGUUAGAAAGGAACAACAUAAAAGGUCUCAUACCCGUGUCUCUGGUUGAAAAACACGUAUUUCCCGAAGACUGUCGAUUCUGUGAUUAAACCGAGGUUAAUGCAGAACACCACUCUUAAGAUUGUAUAAGGUGAAAUUUUCCCAUGGUUGGUUUUCAGUUCAACUCCUAUAAAUGUUGUAUUCUUGGAUUAACAAAAACGCCACAGCACAUGAGCCAGUGCACUUGGAACCCUUCCUGUCCACCUGAUAGAGAAACCACCAAGAUCAGGAUUGCUUCAUCACGAAAUGUGACUCACAGCCUAGCACAGAGCAGUGUGUCCUGAAGCCUUGGGAAAUGCAGUAACUGCUGACUCCUUCUUCUCUCAAGCUACAGAGAUUCAAGAAGUUUAUAAGGUACUUACAGUUUUAACGCUUGGGCCAGUAGUUGUUCAGAUGUUGUGGCUCAUGGCAUUUUCAUAGAUCCUUCAGUCUGUGAAAGUAAGAAUCUCCCUGGACAGGUGUAUGACACCAGUGGACCCAAGGGGACAGCACCUGAUCCUUGCUCUUAGGGCACUCGUGCAAGGGAACACAGUGAUUGUUGCUGCCUCUUUCACAAAUACAGAAAUCUAUUCAUGACCAAACCAGGCAUCUUGGAAAUCAAAGAAGAGGGAAGUUCAUCUUUUCUAUUGAUUUUGAAGUAUAUUGACAGUUUUCUUCUAAGAGCUGUGAAUGAAACUUUUUCUAAGCACUAUUCUCUUGCACAAAAUGGUAAUUCAGAUCCUUAUUAGACCUAAUUUAUGUGUGGAGUAGCCUUCCUGAGGAUUUUUAUUUUGGAAAGUUUAUAAGAAAAUAAUCUAAAUGAGAAAUGUGGUAGUUGAAAAAGAAUUGUUUAUUGUAAAUAACUCUUGAUUUGAGUGGAUUCUUCAAUAAAUCCAAAGUAAAUUUGGGUUGGAUGGAGGUGACACUUUGGGGAUCAAGAGGUAGAGGUAGGGUUUGGGUUAGACCUUGGGGAAAAUUGGGGAUUAGUUUUAGUUUUAGGCUACAGCUAAAAUUGGGUUAGAUAAGAAAGGAAGUUAAGUUGGGGUGAAGGUUAGAGUUGGCUCUAGGGGUCAGAGUUCAGGUGAAGGCCAGGUUAGGACAGAGCUGGGUGGGGUUCAGGCUGGGGCCAAGGCUGGCGCUGGUCAUGGUGUCAGGGUGGAGGUGAGGUCUGGAAUGAAUGUUGCUGCUGACACAGGUUCAGGCCAGCACCAAACCAUAAGCUCCAAAGCUGGUUUGAUUAUGAGAACCUUUUCCUGGUAUUCUACUCAUUGUGGCUUUAGAAGGCACAACCCCCAACUAGGUGGUCAUACUUUUUCCUUCAGUGUCCUGGCUGCCUGCACCCUGCUGCUUACAGCCUGCUGGCAGCCACGUCUGUGAGGCAGGCUGUACUGGGCCUUGCUCCCCGUCACCAAGCGCCCUGCUUGGGAUCUGUGCAUGGACAGGCUCGUGCGUCUCUGUUAUACGCUGAGCACAACGUCGCUUCUGUUCUGACUGCAACCUCACUGACACUGGGAUUAGCACUACUGUAUGUGGAGGGUUUGGUGACAGGGAACAGAUUCGGGAGUGGGGAGAACACACCAGCCUGUGAGUUGUUGAUCGUCAAUCACAUUUGAUUGUGGAAGGUUAUUAAAUUAAGAGAAAGAUCAUUCGUAAAAUAUUCUCUGUAUAUAUUUAUUAUAUGACUUAAAGGUGCAAUAUUUUAUUUUGUACAGUAUGUAAUAAAAACAUGGAACAUAUAUUUUUCUUACUAACAAAAUUUCUUAUUAAAUUGCUCCACCUUUGUAUUUAAAGUUAAAAGUUACUGUUUUUCAUUUGCUGUUUUACUUUUGUUAUCGUCCAGAUGACAUCCCUGUGUACUGUAUUUCACUACUGUUUUUAUAAUAUGAGUUGAUGCUUCUCUUUUAUGAUCCUUAAGUAAUUCAGAAAUAAAUUUACUUUGAUAUUCAGUGGCAUCCUUA